AUGGAUCUGCAAAGGAAAGCAAGACAGCCUAAAGUAGACUUGACUUUGGCCCAGGUACGUUUUCUGGAAGCUUUCCUGCAGGACGACACACAAAGCCUGAUCGACAGGUGUGCAAGCGGGGCGAUUUUGUUUGCGCUCUUCUCACGCAGCAUGGCGUCUGAUCUCAGAGUUUGCGAGGACUGGCGUGUGGACCUGUCUUUGGAAGAUCCGUCCGCAGAUGGAUUCAUUGAAUGCACCACUCGAUCACACAAAGCAGCCAGGCAGGUAGCGGUGCAGGCAGUCAGCGUGCCGUUGGUUGCAGCGGGGCGUGGAGUGUGCAAUGUUUGUUGGGCUAUGGUUUGGUGCCGCGUUGCUGACCUGGUAGGCCUGGGGUUUAAGGAUAGGCAGAAGGGUCCUGUUCUCCCGGCGCCUAGGGCCGAUGGAGCUUGGAGUGCCAGGUCUGUCACCUCAGGCGAGUUGUGCUCUUGGUUGAAGGGAAUUCUUGCCAAAGGUGGCUUGGACUGCCCGGGGAUCGGUAGUCACAGCCUAAAGCACACUAGCUUAGCGUGGUGUAGUAAAUUUGGUAUGGGAAAGUACAGCAGGACGCUGCUGGGGCACCAUAGCUCAGGCAAAAACAGCGUCAAGGCUUAUGCCAGGGAUGUUCUUGCUCCUGCCUUGUUGGAGUAUUGCCGCAUGUUGGGCCAAAUCCGUAAAGGCCUUUUUGUUCCUGAUAGCAGCCGCUCGGGGAGGUUCAUGAAUUCUCUGUCAGAGCCGCUAGGCCCGCCAAACCCAGCCAUUGGACGAUCUGAAGUUAUGUCUGACAUCGCGCCCUUUGAGGAAGGUUGGGCAGACUUAGGUGAGCACCGACAUGACCAAUUUUCAGAGCCCUUAGCCUUGGAGCAGAAAUGGUAUGCAGGUGCUGGGAGCCAGCCUGGGUCGGUGCAAGGGUCACAGGCCGCGCAGUCUGAUGUAGCCUUGCCUGAGGAGGACAGCGAGUCUUCCUCCAGCUUGUCUUCAGAGGUGCCCGAAGGUAUCGGCGCGACAGUCCGACGGAGGGCGGUGCCUGCGAUUUCAAUUGCAAGCAAACUAGUUGGGCUGGUAACAGCAGAGACCGAUGCGCUAAAGACUGCCGGAAUCAACUCUUUGGCACGGUUAGCCUUUGCCUUGUGCCCUCCAGGUCAGACCCCUUCUGACACUCAGGUGGAACAGGUCCUGGGGAACCCGGCAUCUGGGGUGUCCGCCGGCACAAAAGCAGCGGUAAAGCGUCUCGUGUUUGAAGCACAUACUCUGAUAGUGGCAGAGCUGCAGCAGAAAGUGAAGCAUGGGGACGAAGGAGUGGCGUCCACCUUAGCACAUGCG